GCUACUUGGGGAGACUGAGAUUGCAAGGAUCCUGGUUUGAGGUCUUAGAAAAAUACCCCAAUACACCCAUGAGUCAUAAAGAAAUUCUUCAAGUUAUCCAGAGAGAAGGACUAAAAGAAAUCAGAAGUGGAACCUCCCCUCUUGCUUGUCUGAAUGCAAUGCUGCACACAAACUCCCGAGGUGAAGAAGGCAUCUUCUAUAAAGUCCCAGGUAGAAUGGGCGUGUAUACUUUAAAGAAAGAUGUACCAGAUGGGGUGAAAGAGCUAUCAGAAGGUUCAGAAGAAAGCAGUGAUGGUCAGUCAGAUUCUCAGAGUUCUGAGAACAGCAGCAGCAGCAGUGAUGGCGGCAGCAACAAAGAGGGAAAGAAGAGCAGGUGGAAAAGGAAAGUAUCAUCUAGACUGUCACAACCAUCCUCCCCACAGUCAGUCUGCCCAUCACCCACCAUCCCAGCAAGUAAAGUCAUUUCUCCAUCACAGAAGCACAGCAAGAAGGCACUAAAACAGGCUCUAAAGCAGCAACAGCAGAAGAAGCAGCAGCAGCAGCAGUGCAGGCCAAGCAUGUCCAUCUCCUCCAGCCAGCACCUCUCUCUCAAGACUGUCAAAGCAGCCAGUGACUCUGUACCUGCCAAACCUGCAAUAUGGGAAGGAAAGCAAUCUGAUGGACAGUCAAACAGUCCCCAGAACUCAAACUCCAGCUUUUCUUCCUCAGUGAAAGUGGAAAGUCCAUUGCUAGGCUUUGGGAAGAAGUCUUUCCAGAGGUCUGACAGGCUCCACACAAGGAUCGAACCCAAGGCCUUCGUCAUGCUAGGGCAAAUGAAAAGGACUAAAAGUGCUGACAUUGAUGUUGAGACACCGGACUCCAUUCUGGUUAACACAAAUCUGCGAGCGCUGAUCAACAAGCACACCUUUUCAGUCCUGCCUGGAGAGUGUCAGCAGCGGCUGCUUUUACUGCUUCCAGAGGUGGACCGACAGGUUGGUCCAGAUGGCUUGAUGAAGUUGAAUGGCUCAGCCCUUAACAAUGAGUUCUUCACUUCAGCAGCUCAAGGUUGGAAAGAACGACUGUCAGAAGGCGAGUUUACCCCUGAGAUGCAAGUGAGAAUUCGACAAGAGAUUGAGAAGGAGAAAAAAGUAGAACCAUGGAAGGAACAAUUCUUUGAAAGCUACUAUGGUCAGAGUUCUGGCUUGAGCCUGGAAGAUUCAAAGAAAUUAACAACUUCCCCCAGUGAUCCCAAAGUAAAGAAAUCCCCAGCUGAGCAACCAAAAUCUAUUCUUCCUUCAGAGGCCUCUCCUGUCAGAAUAAUCCCAAUAGUUCCCCCAUCAGAGUGUAAAGAAGAAGCAGUGCAAAUGCCAUCACCAGUGAGCAAAGAAGAACAUGAAAGCCAAGAUGAGGCACAGCCCAACUACAAAUCCUCAGAGCCUCUCCUUGUCUCAGCUAGCAACGCAAAUGAGCCUAGCAGUGUUCUUCCUGUCAGAUGCCCAAAGGCUGAGGAUCUCUCAGAACGGAAGGCAGUUGCCGCUACUGAACCAGAAUCUGAGAAAGAGAAUCACGUCACCACAGCUUCCAAUUACAACAAAAGUGAAAGCCAACAGGCUUUAGUUACAUCUCCAACCAAACCCAAGAGUCCUGGGGUGGAAAAACCGAUAAUAAAGCCCAUAGCAGAUACAGGCCCACAGGAGAUCAGUAUGAAAGAACCUCCAGCACCUCCCAAUGAUCAGAAUCCAGAAAGCCUCAAGAGGAAAUCUUCUCUCACUCAAGAAGAGGCCCCUGUGAGCUGGGAAAAAAGACCACGUGUCACUGAGAAUCGCCAGCACCAGCAGCCAUUUCCCGUCUCGCCGCAGCCCUUUCUCAACAGAGGGGACAGAGUCCAGGUGCGAAAAGUACCUCCUCUCAAGAUCCCGGUCUCCAGGAUCUCCCCCAUGCCGUUUCCUACAUCGCAGGUCUCUCCCAGGGCUCGUUUUCCAAUCUCCAUCACUAGUCCUAACAGAACAGGAGCCAGAACUCUCGCAGACAUCAAAGCAAAAGCCCAGCUGGUCAAAGCACAGAGAGCAGCAGCUGCAGCCGCCGCCGCAGCUGCUGCAGCCGCCUCAAUUGGAGGGACCAUUCCAGGACCUGGUCCUGGGGGUGGACAAGGUCCAGGAGAGGGUGGUGAAAGGAAAACUGCAAGUGGAGGGAGUCCAGGCUCAGGAGUCAGUGCAACUGGAAAGGGCUCCACACUGGAGCUGGCAGGAACUGGAAGCAGGGGAGGUACGAGAGAGCUUUUACCCUGUGGUCCAGAGACUUAUUCCCAACCUGAGAUCAAGACCCCAGGCCAGGCACAGCCUCCUAGUGUCUCUGGAGCACAACUACAGCAAGCCCCCUCAGUGCCUCCAGCACCUGCCAUCAGUGGCUCAUCCACAAACAUCCCAUCACCAGCCCACAUAGAGAAAGCAAAUAAUGAAAAAACGAACCCCACCAGGACAACAGCCACCAUGGCCUGUCCUAGCCACCCAAAAGGACCCAGUAAUUGCAGACAGGAGAAACCUCCUUCUCCAACAGAGUCUGCUCUGAUUUCAGGAGCAUCACCUGUUUGUUUUAUAGCUGAUGGCACAGUUGCACCCAAAGCAGGUUCUAGUAAGAAUGCACUGCACCCUUCAGCCUCAGCAAAACCUGCUGCUGCCGCUCCCAUGGAUACAGCUUCCUUCCCUUUAACCUCGUUAUUGACCACAGCCACUUUAGAACAGUUUCCUGCACCCCAGGUCAGUGUAACUGCAGCAUCUACUGGAUCAGCUCCAUCCCUGAGCACAUUGCCAGCAGCUUGUAGCCUUAAACCCCCAGGAACUUCUGCAAAUAUGAAUGGACCCAUUUCAAGACCAAGCUCUAGUAUUCCUGCUAAUAAUCCCUUAGUUACUCAGCUACUCCAGGGCAAAGAUGUCCCCAUGGAGCAAAUUCUGCCUAAACCUCUCACCAAAGUUGAAAUGAAAACUGUUCUACUGAGUACAAAAGAGGAAAAGGGAAUAGGUGCACUCACAGUUACCAGCAGAACAGAAAGUAGCACCAGAGAGGAGGUUAAUGACAGACAGUCUCAUCCAGCUAUCCAGCAGCUGGGGAAAACCUUGCAGAGCAAGCAGCAACCCCAGGUUCCAAGGUCCCUGCAGCUCUUUUCAGCUAAGGACCUGAGGGACUCUAGCAUUGACACACACCCAUACCAAGAGGGACUAAGUAAAGCAACCCAAGAUCAGAUCCUUCAGACUCUCAUUCAGAGGGUUCGAAGGCAGAACGUUCUUUCAUUUGUGCCUCCCUCCCAGUUCAACUUUGCUCACUCAGGUUUCCAGUUAGAAGACAUCUCCACAAGCCAGAGGUUCAUGCUGGGCUUUGCUGGCAGAAGGACAUCCAAACCUGCAAUGACAGGUCACUACUUACUUAAUAUUUCCACCUAUGGCCGGGGUUCAGAGAGCUUUAGGAGGACCCACUCUGUAAACCCUGAAGACCGCUUUUGUCUAAGUAGCCCCACUGAAGUCUUGAGAAUGGGUUGUACAGAUUGUAAAAACACAACAGGAGAUAGUUGCAGCAGCAAAGAAGAUGAAACUGAUGAGGAGAGCACUGGCGAUGAGCAGGAGUCUGUCUUGGUGAAGGAGGAGCCCCAGGCAUCCCGGUGUUCUGGCAAGCAUGACACAAGUUCAGGAUCCCACAAUAGGGAGACCCCAUCCACCAAUGACUGCUUAGCCAACAAGAAUAGCAAGGUGGAGGCACCAAUGAGGGAGCAAACCACUUUAAGCCAAGAGAAUUACCUGUUCGCUAGAGGCCAUACAUUUGAUGAAAAGACCCUAGCCAGAGACUUUCUUCAGGCAGCACAGAAACAGAUGGCUCAAGUGGUGAGAGGUAAGACGAUGCCUAGCAGCCCUGAGCUUUUUAAUUCUGCUGCUCUUUCUCUACCUGCAGACAGCCCCACCCAUCAGCCUUUACUCCUUCCACCUCUGCAAACCCCGAAGUUAUAUGGAAGCCCCACACAGAUAGGGCCAAGCUACAGAGGCAUGAUCAAUGUUUCCACCUCAUCAGACAUGGACCACAACUCUGCUGUACCAGGUAGCCAGGUAUCUAGCAAUGUAGGCGAUGUCAUGUCCUUUUCAGUGACUGUCACUACCAUCCCUGCUAGCCAAGCUAUGAAUUCGAGCAGCCAUGGCCAGACAAUUCCUGUUCAGGCCUUUCCUGAAGAGAACAGCAUAGAGGACACGCCUUCGAAAUGUUACUGCCGGUUGAAAGCCAUGAUCAUGUGCAAAGGAUGUGGAGCUUUCUGCCACGAUGAUUGCAUUGGCCCCUCCAAACUGUGUGUCUCCUGCCUUGUCGUUCGGUAAUGAGACUGGAAAGAUACACAUGGUAGUGGGGAAGGGAAGGGUUAACCAGAUGUGUUCUUGCAUCCUUUUGGAAUCACAGAAAUAAGGGUUCACUUGUCUUAACAGACAGAUGUUAAUCAGGAAUUCAGAGUAAGGUCUUUUACAUUUUAGAGGAAGAGCACCUUGUAUAGUAAGUCUAAAUUGAGCAAGACUUUAUGAAUUUGUGACAAGUUUGCACUUACAAAAUCAUGUAAAUAUGUCACAUUUUGUUUAACAUUUGUUUUUCCAAGUGGUUAGGUAAUAAUGUAUUGCUUUGAAUUUAGAUUUAUGUUCCAUUUUAUUUGACUCUCAGAAAAAUUGGAUGCAGUGUGUGGCAAAGGGAAACUCUCCCUUCUGACCUUUCCUGGGGCUGAAAAAGGAAAGAGUGGUCUGAAGAGGUGACCAUUCACACUGAUUAUGUCUUUACAGUCUGGCUGCAGUUUAUUCAUGAAUUACUUGGCUUUUGUAGGAUUUGGAUUCAAGGUUUACCUUGGAUGGAACCUUUCUAAAGCGGAAGUUUUUAAUAAGGUGUUAAAGUCCCACACAGUGCUCUGACUCCAAAAGCCUGACUUGGCUGGCUCUUGGCUUUUGUUGUCAAGCAGAGCCCUGCUGCUCCUUAAUCCCCACCCCCUGGCCUGAGACAGUGAAUGUGGCUUCAGAAGGGAGGGCCUCCUUGGCCCCUUCUGUGUUACUGUCGGCUGUUCAUGGCAACAGUUCCAGCAAUAAUACAUCUCUCACGCUGUGGUUCAUGGGAACUCACAAAACAGGUGUGAAGUACUAGUGUGAAAUGACAGACACAUGUUAGUGAUGUGAUUGCAACUGUCUCAGACAAAGGAAAUGAAACUUCAACUGAACAGGAAGAACUUUGGGAAAUGAUUUUUAGCAAUAGAUACAAGGUAGCCUCUUUCCUCCUCUCCCCCAACCCAUUCCCUGUGUCAUCCAGUCAGCUGUUUUUGCGGGUAGAUAACCGUCUUAGUGACACAUUGGCUCCUUCUGUUCAGCCCUUUCUGACUUCCAGUCAUCUGAGAAGGAUGGAGUGAUCUUGUGCCAUCACAUCUUAAACACGCGUGUGUGCAGCACAGCACAAGACAGUUUGCUGUUUUAGAAAGUGUGUCCACUGGUCCGGAAUUACUGCUGUCUGUGUACCUGGAUGCCUAAAGUAAAGGGGUCUAGGUGAGUGGCUAAGGGAAUGUCUGGAAGAAAAAUUAGCUCCCAGGUUUGGUUGUUUUUGUUUAUCUUUUUUUAGUUAAAAAUCCUCAAGUGACUGGAAGAUUUUAAGUACAUACUAUUUAGGUCACAGCUAAAGAACUUUUAAAAAAACUUAUUUACCAAAAUUUGGUAUUAAAUAGG